GCAUUAUUACUUCGUCGUAAAUUAGAAAAAUCACAAGAAUUAAACGAAUUAAACAAUAAUAAUAAUAAUAAUGAUAAUGAGACAUAUUCAUUAUCUGAUCAUAAUUUUCAAACAAAAUUCACUAACUCGAAUCAACCAAUCAAAUUGAAACAUUCAUCAUUAUACAAUAAUACAUCCUAUGUACAGAAAUCCGCAACUAGUCCUCUUUCUUCAUCACAUCCUUCUUCUCAUUAUUAUCAACCACGCCCUAAUCAUCGUCAGCAUCAUGAGCAUCAACCUCAUCAGUAUCAAAAAAAUCAAUCUCCUCGACAUUUUAAACAUUCCAAAUAUAAAUGGCGUCAAACAAGAUCUAUAUCGGAUGAUUACGAGUUACAGCUAAGAGAUGAUCUUGUCAAAGAUCUUUAUCAUAGUGAUGAAGCAUCAUUGAAUAAUAAUCAUAAUAAUAAUGAUAGUUCACUAUCGAGUGAAUCAUCUAAACUGCCAACGAAUCAUCAUCAUAACCAAUGGUUUCGUACAUCAUCCUCGUAUAAUUUAACAGCCGAUUAUCCAAAUCGACAAUGGAAACCACGUGGUACGAUAAGAACUAACAUGCAUAAAGAUUAUCCACAUGAAUAUCAUGAAUCACCUACAAUAAUGGAACGAUUAUUCAAUACACGACAUGAAGGAGGAGGAAUUCGACGUAAACCUUUGCAUUAUUUGCAUGCAAAUAAAAUAUUAUAUCCUUUGCGUUACUAUCCACAGUCUUUCAAAAGUUAUACAUACAGUGGGAGAAUAUCACCGGAGAAAUUUAAAUAUGGCGCCAAACGAUUAGCUAAUCAAUAUCCAAUGAAUCGUUAUUAUUAUUAUUAUUCAAAGCAUGAACCACAUCCAAUGUCUUCAUCCUCGAAUGAAGAUAGAUAUCCUGAUAAUAGUAGUACAUUGACUAAUCGAAAUUAUCCGAAUCAAACAACCAUAGAUCAUUGUAAUAAGAAUUCAUUUUUAAAUGUAUUGAACAACGAGCAAUGUUUAAUUGCAUCAACACGUAGUCGUAGUACAAGUCCUAAACGUAUACACAAUAAAUUUAUUGGAUCCAGUUGUUAUGAUCAUCAUCCUCAUCCUCAUUCAUCUAGAAGAAGUACAGAAAUUGAUUAUAAUAGCUUGAAUGUACCAAUUCAUAGAACUACUAGACAUCAUCAUCGUCCAUUACAACCACCACCAACAUCAUUAGGAAUGGAAUAUCGUAGAUGGCCAAUUAGAGAAAGG